CCUCACCGACCUAUAGAGGUCGAAAGUCUGAAGAGGGCAGAAGGAUGCAUGAAGUUUUGGUUGUAUCAUUUCUGCAUAUGAGAAACUUUCUGUCUGCUCCAGUUUUUCUUUGCUGAAGCUGGAGAUGCAAGUGUGUAUGUGCUUGGUGCGGCAGAAGAUACAUCUUCUGAGUAAAGACAGAAUGUCUUUGAGACAGGAACAGUAGAGUCAGUAUGUAAAGGUUGGUUGUUUCACUAUAAGCAGACAAGUAGCAGGUUUCCAAUCAGUGACUGGGAGACAGGGCAGAUUUACUGCAUGAGUAAGCACAUGAAGUGGAAUAGGAUGAAGUUUGUCUAGUAGAGAGAGGUCAGACCGUUGGGGUGAAGGAAUGGAUGGCAGGCAGUUGAUUGCGGCAUGUAGUAAGCAGGCCAUGAGGGAGCAGUAGGAGGGCAGAGUAGGAACAGCAGUAGGAAGUCUUUUGCAAAGCAGUGCCUAGACUAGGUGGUUCGUUGUGUGAGGUUGUGAAAGGUGGGAAAGACGUUCAGCCUGAGGGCGGCAGCUGAGGAAGUACACUCCUGUUUUAUAAAUCGAGAAUGGGGUGGUAAUGAGAGGCUGAAAAUAGGCAGUGAAGGGGAUGGGAACGUUAGUUAAUGGAGAGGAUGGCAGCGUGUGGCCUGCUAUUUAAAGCAGUGAGCGACAUAGAAAGUGAUGCGGAGGUAUGCAGCAGGUAGCAGGUGGUUUGGGGGUGGAAGUGGCAAACCAAAGGUCCAUGUAGUUUAGUUUACCUCCUACAGUUUGCCUUCAUGAGGCAAACAGAGAGAAAAACAGAGAGGGAAAGCCAGAAGAUAGAGAAAGCAGGAGGUGAUGUUUGUACUGAGGCAAAGCCGUGUUGGACCCGUGCUGUUCCCGGUGAGCUGCGUGCAGUUUGAUGCUCGAGGGCAGCUGUGCCGUCCCUGACCCGUCGGGUUCUGGUGACCCGGUUCCCACGCUGGCUGGUUAGGCUGCCCGCGAGGAGAAGGGAGCCGGGAUCAGCCUGCAGCACCUGCGCCUGCCCAGCUGUCGGGGGAGGAGUUCCAACAGGCUCCUAGCGAGGUUUGCCGCGGCUCAGGCGGGUUUCAGCUCGGUCCCCCGCCCCGCGGGGCCGCUGCUCGAGAGGCGGGAGCUGCUGAAGCGCCGAGGCGGGACGGCGAGCGGAUGAGCGCCCUGCGGAGCGAGGCGCGGACGAUGCCCGUUGGUGCCGCUUUCCCCGCGCGGCCUCGGCUCGGCUCCGCCCCCCGGCGCCUCCCUCCGCCGCCGCCUCUGGCUUUAUGUUACACAGAGGCCCCCGUUGCCGCCGGUCCAGCGGGAGCAGCCGCGUCUUGGGCGCCGCCGCUGCCGAGAGGUGAUUCAUGGCAGGGGACGUGGAAGGGUUUAGCUCCUCCAUCCAUGACACCAGUGUCUCUGCUGGAUUCAGAGCACUGUAUGAGGAGGGAUUGCUUCUUGAUGUCACACUUGUCAUUGAAGACCACCAAUUUCAGGCCCAUAAAGCACUGCUUGCCACCCAGAGUGAUUACUUCAGGAUUAUGUUCACAGCUGAUAUGCGAGAACGAGAUCAGGACAAAAUCCAUUUGAAAGGUCUCACAGCUACAGGCUUCAGUCAUGUCCUCCAAUUCAUGUACUAUGGAACUAUUGAACUGAGUAUGAACACUGUUCAUGAAAUCCUUCAGGCUGCCAUGUAUGUCCAGCUUAUAGAGGUGGUAAAAUUUUGCUGCUCUUUUCUCUUAGCUAAAAUCUGCUUAGAAAACUGUGCAGAAAUUAUGAGACUUCUGGAUGAUUUUGGUGUAAACAUCGAAGGAGUCAGGGAAAAAUUGGACUCCUUUCUGCUAGAGAAUUUUGUGCCGCUAAUGUCCAGACCUGACUUCCUUUCAUAUCUGAGCUUUGAGAAGCUCAUGUCAUACUUGGAUAAUGAUCAUCUGAGCAGGUUUCCAGAGAUAGAGCUGUAUGAAGCUGUUCAGGCCUGGCUGCGCCAUGAUAGAAGACGCUGGAGGCAUACGGACACCAUCAUUCAGAACAUCAGGUUUUGUUUGAUGACACCAUCCAGUGUUUUUGAGAAGGUAAAAACAUCAGAGUUUUAUCGAUACUCCCGGCAGCUGCGACAUGAGGUUGACCAAGCCAUGAAUUACUUUCAUAGCGUUCACCAACAGCCUUUGAUGGAAAUGAAAUCGAACAAAAUUCGUUCUGCCAAACCCCAGACUGCAGUAUUUAGAGGAAUGAUAGGACACAGUAUGGUAAACAGUAAAAUUCUUCUCUUGCACAAACCGAGGGUCUGGUGGGAACUAGAGGGUCCGCAAGUACCUUUACGACCAGACUGCCUUGCCAUUGUGAACAACUUUGUGUUUCUGUUAGGUGGGGAAGAACUGGGGCCAGAUGGAGAGUUUCACGCUUCAUCCAAAGUGUUUAGAUAUGACCCAAGACAAAACACUUGGUUACGAAUGGCAGACAUGUCUGUUCCACGUUCCGAGUUUGCUGUUGGAGUUAUUGGGAGGUAUGUUUAUGCAGUGGCUGGGAGAACCAGGGAUGAAACAUUUUACUCAACGGAACGGUAUGAUAUUACUGAAGAUAAGUGGGAGUUUGUGGAUCCCUAUCCAGUCAAUAAAUACGGACAUGAAGGGACUGUGCUUGGUAACAAGUUGUAUAUCACUGGUGGAAUUACAUCAUCUUCAACUUCUAAGCAAGUGUGUGUGUUUGAUCCCAGUAAAGAAGGGACAGUAGAGCAGCGAACAAGGAGAACACAAGUGGUCACUAACUGUUGGGAGAACAAGUGCAAAAUGAAUUAUGCAAGAUGCUUUCACAAAAUGAUUUCUUAUAAUGGUAAGCUUUAUGUCUUUGGUGGUGUCUGUGUGAUCCUGAGGGCCUCCUUUGAAUCUCAAGGCUGUCCUUCUACAGAGGUUUAUGACCCAGAUACUGAUCAAUGGACCAUAUUGGCUUCUAUGCCAAUUGGUAGGAGUGGUCACGGUGUAGCUGUUCUGGACAAACAGAUAAUGGUUCUUGGAGGCCUUUGUUACAAUGGUCAUUACAGUGAUUCGAUUCUCACCUUUGAUCCAGAGGAAAACAAAUGGAAAGAAGAUGAAUAUCCAAGGAUGCCAUGCAAGCUGGACGGCUUACAAGUCUGCAGUUUGCACUUUCCUGAAUAUGUUUUGGAGCAUGUUAGACGUUGCAGCUAAAACAGAGUGAACUACUCCAUGAAAUACAAAAAGCUAUACCCAAUUUGUCAAAAAAUACAAACCAGUUGGAUUCCUUUAGAGAUGUUGCUAAAUGCUUAAGGGAAACAGGAUGUACAGGGAGAGUACUCGCCAAGUUUAUUAGAAAAGCCAGUAGUUGGUCUGAUAUUGUAAAAGCUUUGUUUCUUUUUUAACAAACUUACUUGUAAGUAGGGGAAAAGAAAAAUAUAUUUUUGAGUGUGGUUAUUUUUUUGGUAACAUUUUAUGUCCAUGAUACUGUCCAUAAUACUGUCUUCUGUCUUUUUUUUUUUUUAUGGCCAUUAUACCACUAUGCUUUGGAAAUCAGCUGAGUUUAACAAAGUAUUUGUAGAAAGAAGAAAGAUUUUCAUUUUUAUUGAGCAUCAGAAUAAAACUCAUCAUCUGUACUAGGGUACAGCUGGGUUUAAAAGAACAAAACUAAACGAUUUCUGUAUUUUUAUGUUGUCUUUUGGGUGCUUUUCCCAUUAAUUGCAAAUUAUUCUCAAAUCUGCUAGGUGUUUUUGUUUUCCCUUAUGUAUGUUGAAGAAUAAUCUUAACCCCUUUGCAUGGUUGUUUUCCUGGUUUUGUACAGUAGUACCAGUAAGUCUGCCAAAAUGCAAAUUAUACAUUUUCUACUAAACUGAAAACAUUUUUAUAUUCAGAACACUAUUUCUAUGCUGCCUUCUAUUGUCUGCGUUGUGUUUGUUGGUGAGUAAAAAUAUAUAUACGUGCAUACACUGUAAAAACUCUAUAUAAAUACAUCUUUUUAUGUACAGUUACAACAUUAUAUUUUAACUAGUGCACAGAUUCAGCCAUAUCUGUUGAAUUUAAGGUAUAAGUACUAUCCUCUAAUGAGUUAAAUAAUUCAAAGUUCUUGGGUAACUGGAGGCCUCGUUUGGUAUCGAAGUAUCUUAUCUUUAGUAUAUACUGAUUGAUUCAGUACCUCUAAACUCUUUAUAUCGAUGUUACAUAAUGAACUGUUGAUUGUUAUUUCAUAAAUUAUUUUUUAAAAGUAAACGCAUCUCACCUGAGUUUCUUUUAUGUUUGAAUGUGCUGCCAAUUCUCCUUUUUUAUGAAAAUGGAAAAUGUCAAUAAGCAAAUGGUCAGCACUGCUUUGACUUGUGGUUGUUUUCAGAACUGGAUAAACUACAGUUAAUUCGCAGAACUUUGCUUGUACUCAACUUCAGUAUGAGUGUUUUGUUUGUACUUGGAGUGGUCUAAUCUUUUCUUCUUAUUAUUAUUUUAAUUAUCAAUUGCUAAGAACUACUGUGUUUUGAAAAUGUGGAAUUAGGUGGUUGAAUGGUUAGUACCAGUUAUGUUUCUUGUACAAAAAACUCUACACAACUGUAGCUACUGACCUCGGAGUGCCUGAAUUGAGAUGUGUGGUCCAAGAGGGCUUUGCGUAACUCCAUUGUGUUAACUUGCACAUAUUGCUGACAGUAGUAAGAAAUAUCUGCCAAGAAGUAAAUAAUAACAGUAAAUACAUUCUGGUUGUCUUUAAUGGUGUGAAAUUAGUCACACCAUUAUUAUUGCAGAAUCUAAGGGAGAGAUUUGGAGAAGUUGAAGGCUUAGUUCAAUUGUAUAGGGGCAAAAUGCUGAAAUGUGCACCUGCAUAUUUUGUAAAAUCUUACGCUGCUGUGUUUUACUUUAAGCAAUAGGCUUUAUUUUAUAUGCAGCGAUGCAAAACCACUUUAUUUGGCAUCUUCCAGUCAGAAAUCACUGUAGAAAAGGAAUGUACAGUUCUCAGGGAGUUCAAAAGAAUGCGCUUACAAAGGGACCAAAAUCACCCUAAAUUUCCUGUGUUAACACCUACUGGCCUAAGCUAAGUUUGAAGUUAUAGAAAGAAGUUAAAGCGUGUCAAACUCCUCAUACUUGUAUUUUGAUAUUUUUGUAGUAAUUUCAAUAUAGGUUGAGAUGUGAGGAUUUGGAGCUGGAUGGCAAGUUGGCAGGUUUUUUGUUUUUUUUCUUUGAUUAGAAGUGAUCUAUUAUUAUUUUCUUUCCAUAUGUUUCUACAGAAAAAGAGAAUGAAUAGCACCAUAGCAGUAGUAAUAAGUUACUUACACCAGUAGUGACUGGACCAAAUAUUGAUAUUCAGUCUUCUGAUGCAGACUAGCUCACAUUUAAAUUUCAGUCUUUUUUUAAAUCAAAGUUCAGUUUACUGAAUCAGAGAUCUAAUUUACUUUCUUAAUAGCUUAACUUAAAGCCAGCAUGGCUUACACUAAAACCUCAGUUUCUCUGUGAGACUUGUGUGUAUAUUGCCCUGCGUGGGUGCCAAGUUAAACUGAUUCCAGUAGGUGCUGGCUGUGUGCAAGUAAAAAAGCUUCUACUGUACAUAGUUCACGGAACUAUGGGGCACAAUAAAGCAGUUUUUUAAAGUUGUUUUUUAUUAUUUUUGUCACCGGCUCAUUUCUUGAAAAGUCUAUGGGGCAGCAAAAACUAAUCCUGCUUGAGUAGGCUUUCAUGGGCAUGUUACACAUAGUAUGGAGUACUUCAGUUCUACCUAGGGCUAGUCUGGGGGAUGGACAUGGUCCUGGAUAUCUGGCCAUCCGUGAUUCAGGUGUAAUAAAUGGACAUUAAAAAUAAGGGUGGAGGUGUCUCAAGCUGCGUUUUUGAGUCUGCAUUUAAGCACCUUCUAAAGUUCUGUGUGCUAAGCAACUGCCACUGAAGUCAUUGGUAAAUACUGACAAUUGAAACAUGAAGAACCAGGUCAUUUUUAGGUGCUCUGCUUUGAAGUUCAUAUUUAUCAUCAGAUGCCUGAUUCUGAAGGAACUUGUUCAGGAUUGUAAUAAUAAUAAUUCUGUGCAAUUCUUAACUUGAACUGUUGAUUGCAGCUUCCCUGAAUUUGUGUCUCUGUUGAGAAGCUGACGGUAACCUUUUGAGCAUUAGGAGUGACUGGGAUUUGCUUGGGUUUAGAACAUGUGGAGGUACGCAAGAAUGUUUUGUUAAUUUAAAUUUCUACCACGCUUUUGUUGUUACAAACAUGAAAUACAAAACUAGCUUCCAUGAUCUUUUCCAUUGCGGUGGAACUUUUGAGGCAGUUACUUUUGGUAACUUAUAUAUUUUAUAUAUGUAUAUAUAUGUUUCAAUUGAAAGUCUCUGUGUUUGCUUUUAGUAUUUAGCUGCAGAUAAUUUAGAGUUUAAAUAAAAACAAAAUUAAACUGGCUAGUGAGAACUGCCUAUUAGUGUCAAAUUUUGAAUAUUAUGAUCAGAUCAAUAUGAGUUUUAAAAACAUUGAAAUGCCUUUUCUUAGUCAAGUAAAAGGUAAGUUAUGAUCUUUGAUUAGUAAGUUUGGAGGGUUGUUUCUUCUGUUCCCACCCCACCCAUAAUGAAACACCAGCAAAUGAUCUCAUCUGCAUAUUUAAGAUUUAACACAAUCUGCUUUUAAAUGAUAAGUGCGCUUGCCUUUUCUUAAAAAGGUGGACAUAGUGAGUUACAGUCUAGUUUGCAGUUUGGUUUUUUCCCACAUUUGUAGCAAAAAUAUAUCAGCUUCAUGUCUUAAUGUAGCAACUAGCUCAAGGAGGAAAUUUUGUUUUCAAAUGGGUCAGAAUAGCCAAAAAGCAUAGUGCUCCUCUGAAGAGGUUGGACACUGCCAGUUCCCAUUCCUCAUGCUGUUAUAUUUGGGUUCAGGGGACAGAUAUUUUUUUUUCCCCGUAGCAUAAGCUAGAAAUAGCUUACUUUUCCCCCACAAAGUGUUGGUAGUAGGUUCCCGGUGGGAGGCAUUAGGUAGCAAAAAAACUUCUGGAAUUUUUUUCCCCUAUGAUCCAGCUGGAGGAAGGCAAUACUUGAUUUUAUGAAGACUGCUGUUUCAGAAGGCAUUGCUAGCUCAAGGGGCUACGCGGCAGCAUAUCAGCAACCUGGCAACCGGUUUUUAUGGUACUUCUUUUUGAAAAGUGUGGAUGCCCUUGUUGCUGCAGUCCUGUUCUCACUGGCUCUCAGGGUUUGUGAUGUGUAUAUUUCUCUAGUUUGAGGUUUGCAGCCAGUUUUUCUUGAGGACCUCUUGCCUUACAAACCCAAAUGCUGUGUUGUUUCAUGCUGAUAAUGGGAUAACUACUUGCAUCAGACAAAGCUUCAGUGGACAUUCAGGAAGCCAAGGAUAAGAUUCAGUAGUUACCAGUUCUAAUUGAUUUAAAAAGAAAAGCAUUUAUUAACUCACUAUGUCCAUUCUUCUGCAAAAGGAGGGUAAGCACUAUGGGGAGAUGCUAACAACUCUUAAAAAAUAAACUUCAAGCUUGUAUCAGCCUUUAUAUGACACAGUCUUUUUAGAAAUAGUCACAUUUGUAGAAAUACUUUGUCUUUUAAAUAUAUUUUUCCUUACAAGUAGUGAAUUGGGCCUCUGGUUCUUCUAACACUUCAAGUGUGUACUCCGCAAAUGUGAACAGUUCAAUAUAAAGAAAACAGAAACCUGUAAGGUACUUAAAAGAAAAGACAACAGUGCAAAUGUCAGCCUGUGUUUAAGUGUUUGUAGGGUUGGGGAGCAUCAAAGAAAAAGUCUAUCCUUCUUCUCCUUCUCCUUCU